UUUCAACACCUCAUUUUCUCAUCUCUAAACUUUCAAAAAUUUCUCAAUUUCGUUCCCAAAUUUCCUUUGAGAAAAUUUCCGAUGGCGCCCAAGGCUGAGAAGAAGCCCGCAGAGAAGAAGCCGGCCGAGAAGACCGUGGCGGAGAAAACCCCGGCGGAGAAGAAGCCCAAGGCCGGCAAGAAGCUCCCCAAGGAGGCCGGAGCCGCCGCCGGAGACAAGAAGAAGAAGAGAAACAAGAAGAGCGUGGAGACCUACAAGAUCUACAUCUUCAAGGUCCUCAAGCAGGUCCACCCUGACAUUGGGAUCUCCAGCAAGGCCAUGGGCAUCAUGAACAGCUUCAUCAACGACAUCUUCGAGAAGCUUGCUCAGGAGUCGUCCAGGCUCGCAAGGUACAACAAGAAGCCCACGAUUACUUCUCGGGAGAUUCAGACUGCUGUGAGGCUUGUUCUUCCUGGUGAAUUGGCCAAGCACGCCGUCUCUGAGGGGACUAAGGCUGUGACCAAGUUCACCAGCUCUUAAGGGUUUGCUCUUUAACUGUGUGAUUUGGG